ACAAGUACUUAAAUGCAGCGAACAACUAGCAGGACAUUCCUCUGUUACAGCAAUCCCAGAACCACCUAAUAUGCGGCUGCGCUCUCCCAGACAACAAAGUGAAACAAGGCCAAUGCACACCUGACAGAAUUGGCCCAAUCAAAUCUGAAAGCACAAUGCACCUUCCUUAUCUACACCUCCUAGCAACAUCCAUCAUCUUACUCGUCGCCGCCGAGCCUCUCCCGCCGUCGUUCAACCCGCACCAGCCUCGCGCAGGCGCAGCGGCAGCAAACUGGACGACCCAGGCCUGGCAGACGCACUGCAACAACAUUGACUGGUUCGGCGACUUCACCGAGUGCUGCCUGCACCUCAGCGGGCCCGGAUGGCGGUCGUGCCACGACCAGGGCUGGGCGACUGUCAGCGAGUCGGGCAUCCUGUGCUACAACCUUGACGAGAGCCACGACUGCUGCGACGACGGCAGCGUGUGCGACGCAGACCUAGGCUGCUGCUCAGGCACGUGCUGCCAGACCGAUGCCUCGCAGACCGUGUGUCAGGACGGGUGCGUCUCGCUUCAGGGGAGAGGAUGUGACAAGACUACGGGCAGCUGUGUGGUUGGACGGAACAACGAUGCUGCGACGAGCGGAGUGGCGACGGGCCCGACGCCGACGUCGGAGAACACAGGCACGGCUGCGGACCCGACGGGGAGAACUGGGGUAGCAACAACUGGGGCGACAGGAGCAGCAGGGACGGCAGGUGCAGCAGGGACGGCAGGUGCAGCGGGACAGAGUGAAGGGUUGCCAACUUCGGACAAGAUUGCGUUGGGCUGUGGAAUUGGGAUCGGAUUGCCGGCGACUAUUGCGACGCUAUACAUGUGCUGGAGAGAGUGCCUUAGGGGUCACUGACUGUUAAUGGAACAUCAGGGCGACAAAAAUUGAAAGGGCGGCUAUAUGGAGCCGAUUUAUCCUAUGCAGGUCAAGUAAUCGGACGAGUUGGAAGCGGACCGGGUCUCUUGAACCAGGCCAUCGGUAGCGAGAUGGGUAAAUAGCCAGAUUCGGCGCCGAUGGAGGAUGUAAUAGUUGGCGGACGGGAAAUAUCUGUAACGGAGAGCCGGCAGUUCCUAAUGAUGAUAAUUAUUAUCGUUUAUUAGCUGUUGACUAUACGAACCUA